GUCUGACCGUUACACAACAACGUCUUGACGCCAGCGCGCCCUCUCUUCUCCCAACACAUUAUUCUUGCUUUCCUCUCUCAAUAUUUACCCCAGCAGCGAACGAACAAUCAAGCGCAGUUUUCCAGGAUUUACAAUGGCUACUCAGUACGAAGUCGAACACAAUGUCAAGUUUGCUGAAGGCCGCCGUUCAGGCCGUCGCGUAGACAUGUCAUCAUUCUUCUCCCUCCUCGAUCAGAUCGCCGAACCUUCAGGCGACCAAACUCCUCAUCACAACCCACACGCCACGCCCACCCCCGUCGACACGGCUGCUCUCUUCCGCCUCCUCCAGGAACAGCUACACCAGCUGCACACCACCGCUCCUACAGACGAUAACCGAGACUUUCUCGAGUCUCUGAUAAUGAAUCUCGAAGAUGAUAUCAACGAUCCUCCCACUCGCCUGCAUGGGGUGUCGCAAGAGUUUGUCGACUCAAUCGACCGUGUCAGUCGCAAAACCCUCAAGAAGGAUGACGACUGCGCCAUCUGUAAGGUGCCCUAUUUAGAAGACGAAUAUUGCCUCGUUGUUGAGCUCCCAUGCAAAGGAGGGCAUCGAUUUGAUCUCGAGUGCGUCGGACCUUGGUUGCGCAGCAAGGGUACAUGUCCCAUGUGCCGUCAAGACUUGGGGAAGAAGAAGGAGGUCCCUGCCGUGCAGGAUGACGACGACGAGGAGGACGGCGACAUGAUGUACGCCUAGGCAUUGACGCGUUAGUAGUGAUAUGCAUAGCCUGGCGUCGGGAGUUUGAGCCACUAUGGGCUUGAUGUUUUCAUGGCAUGAUGAAUGUAAAGUUGAC